AUGGCAGCAGAGUCGGCCGAGAAGUUGUCCAACCUGGAGAUCAGUACUUCCAACUUGGCUGCGCGUCUUGCGGCCAUCGAGGAUGCAGCUCUUGUGGGUCGGGUGGCGGCCCUCGAGGGUGCUUGCUUGGAAGAGCGCCUCGCACUGCUGGAAACCUCGCGACCUGUUUUCUCAGGGGGGCCUGUUCCGGCAGCUGCUGGAGCUCUGAAUGGUCCCAGCCCAGCAAGUGUCAGCCAGGUACUGUCUUUGCGCGAAGAGGUCCAUCGAGUUCGCAACCGAGUUGGUGUGCUAGAACAGCUAGUCCAAAUCCCCGACGCACAGUUUGGGCAGACAGAACCGAAGAGCCCUCUAUUUGCCGAUGGUUCCCCAAAGUUGGGAUCACCACGCAGGCUGGAGGGGGAUGAAGACAUGAAGCGCAGCUUGUCAGACUUGUGGUGCGCAGUGUCCGGCGAUCAGCGGACUCUGGGCAUCCUGUCCUCCAAGAUGGAGGAUGCCGUCAGAGACUUUUUGAGAUUGCAGACUCGCUUCGAGGCGGCGAUGCCUCAGCUGCUGCAGAUGUUAAGCGAACUUCUGCGACGUAACGGUGGUGGCACGGGCGAAGCUGGAGAUGGGGCCGAGAUGGACGUACUGGUGGCAAUGCAGAAGCUGCUGUUUGGCGCGGAGUCUGGCAUGCCCUUCGUGUCGCCACAAGUCCUCAGAGAGACUUUUGGCGCGUUUGAGGCUGUAAUUCGCAGUGAGCUGGAGCGGCUGCGGGAUGAAUUUUUCAAGGCAGUGGCCGAAAAGGCCAAGAUAGAAGAUAUGGAGUUCUUGGCAGAGCAGACGCGACUGCUGCAUGGACAGCUGCAGAUGCUGUGGCAGAACUUCGAAAAGCUCAUAGCUGGUGAAAAGGAGUCAAACGCAGCCAUUUGGCGGACACCGCUGCACGCAAGAUGCGUAAGCUGUGACAAGAAAGUGGACAUCAAGGGCAUGGUGCUUCUAGAUCGGGAUCCCGCUUUCUUGCCCACGCAGUCGCCCAGUCCGGUUCCAUAUGAACGUGCCAGCUCAGCGCGCCGCGCCCGCGGCCCGCGCGACCUGUGCGGCUCUCGGUUCUCAGGAUUCAUAAUCCUGAUUGUAGGGACCACAAAAGGGACCCUUAAUUUUGGGUAA